GAGCAUCAGGUCAAAACGAGCGCGCGACAGGACCAUUUUGUGACCUGCGACUGAUGAAAUUGUGUCUUUGUGUGCCUUGCAGCAAGAGGUGGCGGAACGAGUUGGGGCUAAAUUGCAGCAGCGGCAUCGCUACUGGGACUGCGAGAAGGACCCAGCAGAGGACAUUUACGCGGACCAAUUGUCCAUCGUCGCGCGGCUGCGGCUGCAGAUGCAGAGUCAAAGCCAGCAGCGUCCGAGUAGGACGUUGUACUUUGGCUCGGGCUUAUCUAUGGGUCCGGAACUGAUCAGAUGGGACGCGAGUAUCGAGGCCGGCUUCAAGAUGGGGCUGCACCGCGGGACAGUGUUGCCGUUCGGGCUGGAGGUCGUAUCGGAAGCGUACUGGCGGUUCUUCGGGUCCGGCUACGAGUCGGAUCAUGUUGUUCAGGUCGUUCGACACGACGAAUCCGAUAUGUCGGUAAGUCUUCAUAGGAUGAAUCGACCAGGAUAACAACUUGAACUGACGAGUUGCGGGGUGCAGACAGGUACAAUCGUGCGUUCUUUCAAACUCCGAGCUGAUUUUGAGGGCUUCACAUCUACGGUAGGCUGCACAAUGACCUCCUGCAGAUACGUGGAUGAGGAUGGCAGCGUCACACUCGCGUGGUCCAGUAUCGGGAACAUUAAAGAGAUCAACGGCAUGCAAUUCCACGGCCUCCAGCUCCACAAGAAUGGCUGUAUCAAGCUUCGGCGAGCCCCUAGAGAGGGGCCUGGACAGCAGUCGACUUCGACGGUUGUGGAGGUCUCGUGUGAGACGAUCCCUGUGUUCCAGGAGAGUGUUGUCGACAAGGCCCAGCAGACUCAGGCCUUCCUUGACGAGAUCGAUAAGGGGUACACGAAACUCGACAAGUUCUUCUGCCAGCGGAUGGGUACACUGCUAGUGGAGACCGACUGGAAGGCCACCUUCGGUUGCGAAGCCAUGAUUGAAGCGUAGUGGGAUCGGAGCAGGGUAAUCAUGGUUGUAUGGGGUUUGAGAUGAAAAGUAGCUUCACUCGGCGAAGACAACGUCACUUGAUGAUACCGUCGCAGCCGAAAAUCCGCUUGGCUUAACGCAACAGGUUCGCUUUGUUUGGUCGGAAUCACUUCAACCGCUUGCGCUGAUUCACAUCCAUUGGAUACCUAUGGGGUCAAACGCGAAAAUGCCUUGCUCAACCCAGGCGUCAUUGGUACCCCCGAGAGCGCUGCUCAGUGCGAACAACAGCUCACUCCUAAAUUUACCAACUACUUUCCAACACCUCCAAGAACCUCAAAAGAUGUUGAGCUCCAAGACCCUCGCUGUCUGCGCGUUCGCGGCUCUGACAGUCGGAGCCCAAGCCGACGACUACACCUCCGACACUUACGCGGAGGGCAGCAGCUACUCCGACGGUGACAACACUGCGCUGCCAGCUUUCGCCUACACGUUCGACCCCGAGUACUCGGCUGGCGUGAGCGGGACCAUCAAGGUGCAGUACGCCGGCCCUUUCUCCAGCUUCGCGGCGAUCAGUGCCGACCUCGACUUCAGCGACGUGGACCAGAGCGAUAUCCAGGCCUUCAACGGCAACUGCACGGAGGAAGUGACUCAGUACAAGUGGCACAUCCACGUCAAGUGGCCGAACGACUACGACUCCGAGUCCUUCGAGCAGUGCGCGCUCCCGAUUACCGGCAACCACUACGACCCGCUGAAGGCGUGCAGUCCCGACUCCGAGUUCGCUGAGACGUCCGAGUGCCAGCUCAAGUCGCCCCAGUACAACUGCAACCCGGACGACUACGCCAAGAACCCUCUCGUCUGCGAGAAGGGCGAUCUGGCUGGCAAGCUCGGGCUCUUCGAGCUGGACGGCAACAAGCAGGUGAGCGGCACGUGGUUCGACCCCAACUACCCCCAGCCGGAGGAGAACACGCCCGAGUGGAACAUCAUCCUCCACGCCGUGUGCGGCAAGGUCGCUCCCCGUAUCGCCUGCGCUGUUGGCAAAGCGGUGGACUCGGACUGGAGCUGGGGCCCCCCCUCGGGCUCGUACUACCGGCACUGAGCUGUACCAGUUGCAGCCACGGGGUAUCACUCGGUGCAUUUGAAUCGGCAAGCUGUGCUGCCAUGAAGUUCUCUCUAUAUACAUUUACACGAACCGUUAGUUAAUUGAAUGUUUCCUGCUUGGUGAUUCACUGUUUGCUUGAGUACACACUUUUGGAGGACGCUAGGUGUGUCUUCAACAGUGACAAUGUGGACAUUAGCAACUUCAAGGUGCGAGCGAUGAAAUUUGGUUUUAGGUCGAACUCUUUUCCUGCUGACAGGCAUCCGAUCUCAGCAUCGUCGACAUGUAGCUGAGGGCAGUGAUCUUCUCCAACCCAAUCACCUCAUGUGGAAGUUCGCAAGGAUGGAAGCUCGCAACGCCUUCUAGCGACAGCGCUCUCCUGGAUUUUGUCCUUCUCCUGACGCUGUCAGUGAAGUAGGCAAGGCUCGCAAGCGAAGCCAUGAUUGAAGCGAAGUGUAAUCACGGUUGUUUGGGUUCGCUAGCCUCUUGACUGCUGAGCUUGACGAAGACAGGGUGAGCCCGUCACAGCCGAGAAUCCACGCCAUUUGACUCACUCAGGUUCGCUUUGUGUGGGUCUCGAAGUCACUUCAACUGGUUGCACCUGAUUCACAUCCAUGGGAUAACCCAGACGAACGGCGAAAAUGACGAAGUCAACUGUCUUACCCCGAUCCGACCCUUGAGCGUCCACGCUCACAGCCAUCAGCCCACUCACUCGCUCACUCACUCACUCCGCAACUCGCCAAGUCCCGCCGACACCUCUUCCAAGCGACCCCUUAAUCCAAAACAUGCUGAGCUCCAAGAUCCUCGCCCUCUGCGCGCUCGCGACCCUUGCGGUCUCCGCCCAAGCCGACGACGACUACUCCGACAGCUACGACAGCUACGAGGACGACGAGGGCAGCAGCUACUAUGACGACGACGAAUACGCCGACGGCGACUUCAGCGCGCUGCCGGCCUACACGUACACGUUCGACCCCGAGACGGCGGCGGGCGUGAGCGGCUCCAUCAACGUGCAGUACGCCGGCCCCUUCUCCACGUUCGUGUGGAUCUCGGCCGACCUGGACUUCAGCGGCGUGGACCAGAGCGAGAUCCAGGCGGCCGACGGCAACUGCACCGAGGACGUGAGCGCGUACAAGUGGCACAUCCACGUCAAGUGGCCCCACGAGGGCGACUCCGAGUCCUUCAAGCAGUGCGGGCUGGCGCUCACGGGCAACCACUACGACCCGCUCAAGGCGUGCGGCCCCAACUCGGAGUUCGUGGGCACGGACGACUGCCUGCUCAAGACCCCAGAGUACAACUGCAACCCGGACGACUACGCCAAGGACCCGCUGGUCUGCGAGAAGGGCGACCUGGCCGGCAAGGUCGGCGACUUCACGCUGGACGGCGACAGCAAGGUCACGGGCGAGUGGUACGACCUCAACUACCCGCUGCCGGAGGAGAACACGCCCGAGUGGAACAUCAUCCUCCACGCCGUCUGCGGCAAGGCCACCCCUCGCAUCGCGUGCGCCGUCGGCAAGCAGACCAGCGGCGACUGGAGCUCCUCGGACUGGAGCUCCACCGACGACUCGUACUACCGGCACUGAGCAGGACGGGGCCAGCAUCAGCAUCCGUUGAGCUGCCGUUCCAUCCAUAUCCACACAUCCACACAAGCGGCGCAGCCUAAGUCAGUGCUAGCGCUCCAUAUUUGAUGUGCAUCAGGGUCUUCUGCCCUCAUUGAAGCAGUCGUCAGACAACUAUUCAAUUCGUUUUGCCACAUUUUACCUUUGCUGGCACUUUUCACACCGUCUAUCGUACUCGCGCUCGCUUCUUCAUCGUCUUACUGCUUCACUUCCCAGUUGUACUCGUCCACGUGUUCACUCGCUUGCUCGCUCCGAUGCCGACUCGCAGAAUCUGCAAGCCAACAACGAACACACAGACACCAAUGUGAGCCCAGUGUUCGACUACAAGACGCGCACGAACGCCAAACGCAAUGCAAAAACAAGGGGCGAGGUCGCCUCCCUCUUAUCAAAGCAAUCCAUGCAAAAUGUAUCGCCCACUCUGCCUACCAGCUGCAAUCAGGAGCUCUCGUUGUUACUGUCGUUGUGCUUGU